AGUCGUCUGUGGCUCGCGGGCCUCGUCUUCCGCGCUGCACCUGGCUGACCUGCAGAGCGGUUUACCCUCACGUCCCGGCACGUGCGCUCGCCGGCCAGAUUAGAUCCGACGCCGACGCCUGAGAUCAAGCCGCGCUCCCUCCAGGCGGCGGCGUUGGCGCCCACAGAAGUACUUCCGAAGCGGGGCCCCGUUCGCUCUGCCGAGGUCGCAGGCUUCUCCGGAGCACCACGCCCACGCCGGAGCGGCAGGAGGCGCCCCGACGCGUCUCGGGUUCCACCCCCCGAGGUGCUCACGUACGACCUGCCGAGGAGAGCUGGCCGCGCAGUUUACGGCGGAACUGGCACCGGCGCGGACACCGCUAUCCCCCUCCGGUAUGCUGUGCGGAGCCCGCGCGGAGGAACAUUAGCUACGCGAAGUGCCAGCAGCCAGGCUCCAUCUGUCUCAUGUCUCCUCACCCCCUCGCUUCAUCCUCAUCAUCACUAUCAUCAUCACCUUUCUGGCUAAUGCUGUGUUUCCUACUCAGUGUUCUUCUGCUGCUGUCCCCAGGGGUCCAAGGCCAAGGUCGUCUGAAACUGACGGUACUGUCUGAGGACAGACUGCAGAUGAAAUGGAAGGAGGCUGAUGGACCCAUUCAGGGUUACAAGGUCCGGGUGAGACCCAUCUCAGAGGUCCCACAGCCAGAGCUGAUGCUGACCACCACACGGGGCCGGGCUACCGUGGCAGGACUGGACUCCAGUCAGGAAUACGCCCUCCAGGUUCUGGUGCUCAAUGGGACGACAGAGAAACUUCUUGCAAAGAGACGAUUCACUAGUAAGAAGCACGGCAAUGUGGAUGGGAGGAAUAAGAGAAAAGUGGAGGGUCUGCGGGACGAAGAAAUGAUCCGCAGUGGAAGCCGAGAGCACCGGAAGAAGUUGUCGCCAGGUGGGUCUGGGUCAGGAGACGUGGACGAUGCAACAGAGGCUCUGCUGGGCCUGCCAACAAUUCUGUACCCGAGCCCCACCACCGCUGCUCCUGCUACUACCAAAGAGCCCCUGGCUACAGAAACCCCCUCCGAACUCCCUGAUGAGGCCACAGAGAAAACUGCCAAAGAGAAGAGGAAGAGGAAGAAAGAAAAAGAGCGAAAUCGGUCUAAGGUGGAAAACAAGGAGGAGCAAGGGACAACACAGGGCAAACCAGCCGAGGAGAAACUCCCGAAGACGCCCAUCCCUACCCAGCCAGUUACAGGCAUAUCUCCAAGGAAACCAUUUGAGUGCGAGAGCGAUGCGGCGGCAGAAAUCAUGCUGCUGGUGGAUGGCUCCUGGAGCAUUGGACGCACCAACUUCCGACGUGUCAGAGACUUCCUGGAGGGCCUGGUGACACCCUUCCACAUCGGGCCGAACCAUAUUCAGAUCGGUCUCAUCCAGUACAGUGGAGACCCUCGCACAGAGUGGCAUCUCAACAACUUCACCACUAAAGAUCAGCUGCUGGAGGCCGUGAGGAACUUUAGAUAUAAGGGAGGAAACACAUUUACAGGCCAGGCACUGCUCCACGUCAUGGAGGAGAACAUGAGAGCUGAGGCAGGAGCGAGGUCGGACACACCCUUAUUCCUGGUUUUGUUGACCGAUGGGAAAUCUCAGGAUGACGCCAUUGCUGCUGCAAACAGGCUUAAGAAUGCCGGGGUGGAGAUCAUCGCUGUAGGUGUGAAGAACGCUGAUGAAGCCGAGUUGAGACAAGUGGCAUCGGAGCCAGUGGAUCUGAACGUCUACAAUGUCAACGACUUCCCUCUGCUCAGUAAACUGGUGGCACGACUGGUACACAUUCUGUGUGGGAGGAUAGAAGACCGUGGCAUUUCAAAACGAAUGGAGCCUGCACCCACAGACGACCCAGCGCUCUCCUACCCCAGUCCUACUGACCUGCGCUUCUCUGAACUGGGCUCCAGAGAAGUGAAGCUACACUGGACCAAUCCCGCUCAGCCAGUGCAGCAGUACAGAGUGGUUUACCACAGUGCAGAGGGUCAGAGACCACAGGAGGUGGUACUAGCCGGCUCAGAGUCCACUGUACUGCUGGAAGGCCUCUCCUCUCAGACACUGUACCACGUGUCCAUCUUCCCUGUGUAUGAAAACGAUGUUGGCCUGGCACUCAGAGGAACAGUCACGACGUUGCCCCUCGCCAUGCCUGUCAACCUAGAGUUGACUCCUUCCUCUUUCAGCAUGCUGCAGGUGAGCUGGGGUGCAGCGCCCGGCGCGACACAGUACAUGAUCCUGUACUCGGCUCUCAACCAUGGAGAGCCUGACGACGCCAAGGAGGAGAAAUUCAGUGCAGACCAGACAAUGGUGGAGCUGGCGGGGCUGCUGCCGGAAACAGACUACUCUGUCACGCUGUAUGCUCUCUAUGACGAGGAUCCCAGUGACCCUGUCACUGCUGUGGCCACCACAUUCCCUCUCCCAUCGCCUGUGAGUAUUCAGUUUCCGAUGGUCACCCACAGUAUGCUGAGGGUGAGCUGGGCGCCCGGAGCUGUGGACGUCCCCGGCCACAGAAUCACCUACAGCACCAACCACGGCAGUGACAUCAAGCAGGUGGAAGUAACAGGAUUGAACUCGGUCCUGGUGCAGAACCUGUCUUCUUUGUCCAGAUACCUGGUUUCAGUGCAGUCUCACUACCCACAAGGCUUCUCUGCAGCCCUUACCAGUAACGUCACCACAUUGAAGGUGCCUUCCCCCUCAGACCUCAGGGUGUCUAAUUUCUCAGGCAGUGACAUCACUGUGCGCUGGGGGGCUGCAGCUGAUGAUGUAGUGUCGUACCUCAUCAAGUGGAUCUCCCUCAGCGGAGGGGACCUUAGACAGUUGAGGGUAAGUGGCGAGAGUGAAGGGGCGAUCCUGGAGGGGGUGGAGGAUGAUAAGGAAUACCAGAUCUCUUUGUCUGCACUUUAUGGAGAUGGAGCCCAGAGCGAAGCUGUGGCCAUACGCUAUAGCACCUUGUCUGGUGGAGGCCCAUCCAGUGUUUCGGUCUCCGAGGAGACUGCGGUCAGCCUUGUGGUCAGCUGGGCGCCUCCCAACGCGCACGUCCUCCAGUACCGUGUGUCUUACACUGCACUCACCGCAACCGAAACCCAGGACAGUACUGUAUUGGUCCCAGGUGGCCAAAAGCGGGUGGUGCUAGAGUCAUUGCAGCCAGAUACACGGUAUAGCAUCCUGGUCACCGCAGAGUACCGCAACAGAGAAGGUGGCAGCGGUUCAACUCAGGGCAAAACCACCAGUCUGCGGGUGAGCAGUGUGAGCGUGGUCAGGUCGGACCACACCAGCAUCUGUGUGUCCUGGAGACCCGUGUCUGUGGUCGAUGGAUAUCGUAUUGUCAUUCAGUCGGUCAAAGACAAGGAAACAAAGGAAGAAAGAGUGGAUGAGUCCAGCAGCAGUCAUUGUUUCACUGAUCUGGAACCAGAGACUCUGUAUCGCAUCAGCGUGCACUCACUCCUCAGCUCAGCAGAGGGCGCUGCUGUCUCCAUUCUCCAUCCAACAGCCACAGCUCCAGCCAGAAUUCCCAUCCAUCCCCGGAUGUAUCCUAUCCACAACGAAGUGUGUCCUGAUGUCACCAUCAGAAACAGCAUAGUUAAAGGGUUUGACAUGAUGGAGGCGUUUGGUCUGACUCAGAGUGCUCACUCCUCCGUGGAAGGUGUGGCAGCCGAGCCUUUUGUCUUCAACACCCUCCCAACGUACACCCUGUUCAGAGACGUCCAACUGACACAGAGCACAAAGUUUAUCCACCCUGCAGGUUUCUCUCCAGAACACACCAUUAGCAUCGCCUUCCGCGUGUUGCAGGACACACCCAGGGAGCCCUUCGCCCUCUGGCAGCUCACUGAUGAUGACUUCCAGCCCAAGAUGGGAGUGGUGCUCGACCCUACUACGAAGCAUCUGGUGUACUUCAGUCUUGACUACAGGGGAGAGGUGCAGGAACUGACCUUUGACCAUCCGCAGGUCCGCAGACUCUUCUAUGGCAGCUUUCACAAGGUUCACUUGUCUGUCAGCCAGGUGAGUGUGUCCCUUUCUGUGGACUGCCAGCGUGUGGGGGAGAGGCCAGCCCGCCCCCUGGGCUCCCUGCCCACUGACGGUUUUGAGAUGCUGGGGAAACUGGUGAAGACCAGAGGACCCAAUAGUGGAUCGGCGCCGUUCCAACUGCAGUCCUUUGAGAUCGUCUGUAACACCACAUGGGCUUCAGAGGACACCUGCUGUGACCUGCCUGCACUGAGAGAUGAGGAGAGCUGUCCUGCCCUGGCGUACACCUGUACCUGUUCCUCUGACGUCCCUGGAGCGCCUGGUUCCCCCGGACCAACUGGAAAACCAGGUCCUCGUGGAGAGAAAGGCGAGAAGGGAGAGCAAGGCCAAAAGGGGGGGCUGGGUCCUUCAGGAAAAUCGGGAUUUGAGGGAGGCCUCGGACCUGUUGGCAGCGCAGGUCCCAGAGGAAUCACUGUCCACGGCAAAAUGGGUCCACCGGGUACAAGGGGGGAAAAGGGGGGUCCUGGGCGGCCAGGAGCCCAGGGUUUACCAGGACCUCCAGGCCCCAAAGGGGAAGAGGGGCUCCCAGGCCCCCAGGGCAUCAGGGGGGUCGAAGGUAACAUCGGUGCACCUGGUCUCACUGGACCCAGGGGUUUCCAAGGACUGCCAGGAUACCCAGGGCCUUUAGGGGAAAGAGGCCGCUCAGGACCUGUUGGACCUACAGGUCUGUCAGGUGGUAAAGGAGAACGAGGAGAGAAGGGGGAACCUCAGUCUAUGGCCAUGAUCUACCAGCUGGUCACACAGGCCUGCGAGCAGCUCGUGCACAAGGAGGUGCUGAAGCUCGACAUGUUCAUUAACGAGAUAGGUCGGAAGCCAGCUCCCAUUGAGGAGCCAGUGGGGCCCCCGGGGGAACCCGGUAUACCAGGGCCCAAGGGCCCACCAGGUACCAGGGGUUCCCAGGGCAACAUUGGCACGAGAGGGAGACCAGGCAGGACUGGGUAUCCAGGAGAACAGGGGCAGAGAGGGAUGCCC